CUGGGCCCCGCCCCCGGGGCCGGAAACUCCGUUCCGGAGGCCCGAGGGCGGUGUCGCCGCGCGGUGACGUCAGGGCGCCAGCCCCUCCAGGUGCCUGUGCGCGCCGAGCUGAGCGUGGAGGUCGGCGCUGGAAUACGCCAGCGGCUCCGGCAGCGCGAGGCCAUGGGCGCUCAGCUGAGCGGCGGCGGCGGCGCCGCGGCGCAGGCACAGCCCCAGCCUCAGCUCGCGGUGCCCGAGGGCCCUGAGCGGCCCCGGCCGGAGCCCAGUCCCUGGGGGCCGCUGGACGACGUGCGCUUCCUCAUCGUCUGCACGUCUUGGUACUGACUCUCCGCUCGCCGAGUCGCGGUUCAUCUCUUGUUCUCUCCGCCUCUCCUGGUCUGGCCGUUGUCUGUCAUCACAGCCCGGCGUCUCUCUUAGUCUACCCGUCCCCGCCCCGACCGGCGCCCGGUAGACACUCUGAGAGUCGAGGAGGUCGCGCUCCCUCCACAGCCUCGCCAUGGGCCACCGUGUCGCCUCUGUCCUCUCGCACCACCCGGAAUUUGUUCGCUUCCCUGCCUGCACGCAAACCAGCUCAGACCUUCGUGCUCAUCCCCACCCCACAGCUCCAGCAGUCUGGGUCCUGGGGCAGCCCUCCCUGUCACUGACUUCCAGAGCCAGGCCAGGGCUUUUGGUAAGACCCCAAAGCUGCUGACCUGACCUCAUCUUAUCUGUCCAUUAUUGCUGAAAACUCGGCUCUUUUGUUCCUGGUCCUGGCACCGUGUACCUUGACUUGAGAGAAGACCUUGGGGCAGUGACCCUUCCCAUCCUCCUAGGGGAGGUUGCACCACCAGCCUGGAUCCCCAUGAGGCAUUAUCAGGCUGUAUUCCUGGGACCCAGUAACACUGGGCCUCUUGGACCAGCCUUUUAGAGAGAGGGGACAUCUGAUUGCUGGGCUGACAGGUGAGGUGUAUGGGGCAGCUCCUACACAUCCCAAAGCACCCUGUUCCCCUUGCCCCAGAAGCUUCUUAGGCCACUCUCAGAACCUGAUCUUUGUUCCCACAUUCAAGUGAAAUGACACACUUUGUAUUUUUGUUUUAUUUAGAAAUGAGUUAAAAAACAUUAUACAAAGGCUGAUCAGUUUAAAAUGUGACUGACACUGAAAUGCUGUGAUGUUCCCCAGGCCAAGGGGAAGCUGGGCUCUGAGGCCCCCAGUGCUUUGCCCCUCUGUCUGCUCUGUCCUGGGAUGAUGGACAAACAGAUGACCGACCACAAGGCAAGAGAAUCUGAGAUUGGAAGCAUCCAGGCUGAGCCUUCUCUGGGCCUGGACUUACAUCCCUCACAUCUGCAGCCUGGGCUGCCUGCCUCCAUCUCCUGCUCUUUUCUCAGCUGACCUCGGUAGUACCAGGAGCCAACCGGAAGCCUGGGGGGGCCUAGAGCUUUCAAGAAGUGAGAGCACCAACCUGAGGAGUGGAGAGGGACCAGGAAGGGGAGAAGGGAAGCCAGGAAAAGAUGGAUAAAAGAGACACUUCUGAUCUCAUCUUGGACCCUAGAAGGGUCCACAGGUGGGGACCUAAGGCCCAACCAGCUCACUGGAUGGCCUGGGCAUGUAACAACCUCUCUGUGCUUCAUUUGAGGGCACGGUGAGAGUUACCCUCGGCCUCCCAGGGCCUACACAAGUUUCAUGUGAGUGGACAGGUGUGAGCUAAUAAAGUGCUUUGCAAAGUAUAAAACACUGUACAAACCUAUGAAUCACUAAUAUCUCCGUAGUUGUUCCCCACCCAUCCCAGGGAGCCCGCCCUUGGCCAAAAUGAGACAAAACAGAAGGAUAAUGACAAGAAACACAGUGGACUCAGAUGCCUCUGGGACAAGAGAUUUUGCUUGAGACAACUCCCAGGGCAGCAGGAGUCCCUGUCUGCUACAGGUUAAGCCGACCCAAAGCCCAGAGGUCACGGGAUGGGGGCAAGGCCCACGCAGGCUCAGGGCCAGGUUGGCAUCUGAGGCCCUGCCAGCACCCUGAAGACUGACACCACCUGUUAGAUUUGGCCAGAGAGCCAACAGGCAUCACUGAACCCAUUGGUCUUGCCUAGGGCUCGUCAGUGACGAACAGCUGCCUCCACUGGGCUGGAGUAAGACAAGUGGAGCCCUAGGAAUUCCUGCCAGUGACAGUGAUCGGUGGGCCCCUAGGCUUGAGGCUGCUACCAUUGUGGGUGCCCUUUUCCAAAGAGUAAUACAGGAAGAUGGGCCCUGGGAGCUGGGUUAGCAAGGGCCAAGCUCGCGAUAUGAACACUGCUUCCAGGUUGAGAUUGAGUCAGCCACAGGGCAGCUCUGGCUGUGGGCUCUGAGCACUUUAGAAGGCUGCCCUGAGUCCCUUAUUCCAAGGCCAUGAGAAUGUUGGCCUGCAGCCUUUUCUUCGUCACCUAACUAAUCAGGCUGAGCCCCCAGACUACACGCUAUAGGCUGGAGACGGGGAAUGAGGAGAGAGACGGGAGUGGAGGACGGUCACAAACUCAGAUCGGCCUCCAUAAAUGGGGUCAGCUCCUUCCCCAGCCCUUUAGCCUCAUGAACAGGGCCUGGCUCCUGGGUGUCUGGGUGUUUGAGUACCCUUAGCAGCACCUUGGUCCUUACUGCCUGGGGGAGGGCUUGCCACGCUGGCCUCAUCACCAAGACAGUCACCUGUAUCUAAUUCACCUAAAGCCUCAAGCAGCCUUUGCAGAAUGGGACUUGAAACAGUAGUGACAGAACAUUUAAAUAUUCAAGAUGUGACAGCUGGGUCCUCAUCAGACCUAGCUGGGCCACAGCCCCGCCUGCAGCAUGUGACCGUAAAUCAUGGGUCUCAGAGGAGACCCUGGUGUGUGGAGCAGGUUUCCUGAGGGAUCUGCUGCAUACCAGCAGGGGAAACCCAGGCUUGUUGCCCACCAUGUCUGCAGCAGGGGUCCUGUAGCCUUGGAAAACAGGGAGGUGGGGUGGGGGGACAUCUGACCAGCAGGUGUUGGCAGAGAGGAACCAGGACUGGUGGCUUCUCUCAGAAGGGGCUGAGAGCACUAGUGCUGGCUUCCCACAGAAGGUGCUGGGUCCAGCCAGGAACAGAGCUGUGGUGCCUCAUGGAUACCACAGGAUGCAGUGACCACAGGGCCUCCUGGUAUGAGGCCUGGCCUAUCCCCUUGAGUAGGGAGCAGUUCACCCAGGACAGAAGGCUGGUGGCUGGGUGCCAGACACCCACCCUGGAGCACAGCCGCCAUCACUCCCUGCACCUCGCUCAGCCUAGACCAGUGCACCCACCACUUCAACUACAUGACCCCUAGCCUAGGGCCCAGCUGGCUCCGGUGGGCAGUGGCCAGAGCUGCCCCUCAGACCCUGGUGAGGAAGGGCCUGGCU